UAUUGACUUGUAACUGACUAAUAAUAAUGACAAAUAAUGGCUCAAACUUACCCUUUACCAUUUCUCAAUAAUUAAUGAUCAACCAUUCAUCUACAUCAGUAGAUUCUUCUUCAUCCUUGCUAGUUCCUAUUCUAAUCCCAACCAUGUCGACUCUUUCUGAUGAUAUCCACAACCCCAAAACAGCCCACGUGGCUCUGUUUCCCAAUGCCGGAAUGGGCCACCUUGUCCCCUUCCUCCGUUUCGCCGCCUUGCUCCUCCGCCGAAACGACUGCCGAGUCACACUCAUAACUAUCAACCCAACUGUCUCUCUAGCCGAGUCUCGACUCACCUCUCAAUUUCUCUCUGCAUUUCCUCAAGUCACUCAUUUACAGCUUCAUCUCCUUCCUAUGGACCCUGCCACAGUCAACUCCAACGACCCUUUUUGGCUACGCUUCGAAGCCGUUCGUCGCUCAGCUCACCUCCUCCGUCCUCUUCUAUCCUCAACUUCGUCGCCUGUCUCUGCUCUCGUACACGACGUGACUUUAGUAACCCCUCUUAUCCCCAUCGCUCAAAGCCUCUCUCUUCCAAGCUACGUUCUUUUCUCGUCUUCGGCUAGAAUGCUUUCGUUUAUCUCCUACUACCCGACCUUGGCCUCUGGUUUGGAACCAUCCAACUCAGAAUCAAACCCCUUUGAAGAUGGUCUCUUACGAAUUCCAGGCAUUUCACCGAUAUCCAAAUCGUCAAUCCCAUCUCUGCUUCUGGAUACGAAUACCCUUUUCGCUCAGAUAUUAAUGGAGGACUCUCCGAAUCUGUCGAGACUUAAUGGGAUCUUGGUAAAUUCUUUCGAAGGAUUAGAAAAAGAGUCGGUGGAAGCUGUUAAUGGCGGGAAAGUAAGUAAAGCUCUGCCGCCUUUAUUCACCGUCGGACCAUUCCCACCGUUUGAAUUCGAGAAGACUGAAUGGUCAACGCCGACAGUGUGGCUCGAUCAGCAGCCAGAUGGGUCGGUAGUGUAUGCCUGUUUCGGGAGCCGUACGACUCUACCCAGAAACCAAAUGAGAGAGGUGGGAGAAGGUUUAGUGAAAAGUGGGUAUAGAUUCAUAUGGGUAGUGAAGGAUAUGAUAGUGGACAAGGAAGAUGACAAUGAGUUAAGCGAAGUACUUGGUUUGGAUUUGAUUGAGAAGAUUAAAGGGAAGGGAUUGGUGGUCAAACAGUGGGUUAACCAAGGCGAAAUCUUGGGUCACAGAGCCAUCGGCGGGUUUAUGAGCCACUGUGGGUGGAACUCGAUAGUGGAAGCGGCGGCUCAUGGUGUUAAGAUAUUGGCUUGGCCAUUACAUGGGGACCAAGGGAUCAAUGCGGAGGUGGUCCGUGCUAGUGGGCUGGGGGUUUGGGUUGAGAGUUGGGGGUUGGGUUGUGGUGAGAUUAAAAGUGAUGAGAUUGGUGAGAGAGUUAGAGAAUUCAUGGGAAGUGAGUUGCUGAGGCGGAGAGCAGAAGAAAUUCUGGACAUGGCAAGUCAAGCUGGUGGAGUUGGCGGAAGCCAGCAGAAAAGUUUUGACAAACUUAUUCAAGAAUGGCAUAUCAAGAAAACUACCAAAGAAUAGUUUAAAAAAAUUGAUUGUUCUCGUUAUGUAAUAAUGAAUAAAAAUAGUCAUGAAAUGUUAAUCGGCUAAGGCCCCUACGUUUGUUGCAGUGAGUGGAUGUGAAGGUUUUCGAGGAUGGUUAGUACAAGGGUCCAACUGAUGAAUGAGCUAUUCAAUGAUGAAGUAGUAUAACAUUAACAGAUAUUAUGAUAUUGAUAUUGGUUAUUAA